GUUCACAUGGUGAAUACAGUACUCUGCUAGACUCUGAGCACUGCCUCACCCAACAGCUGGGACAUUUUUAUUGGUCUCUCCGCUCUUGGCUCUGCAUCACUAUGAUAAAACGAACACACAUUUUAUACACUGCUGAAGACCACCACCGUGCUGUGCUAUUCAUUUUCCACUUAAAGACACUUAUGAGAAUAUCACUAUUUGAAAUACAUAAAAGCUAAUUAUAAUUAUUACAUAGAACAAAAGCUGUAGGUUUGUUCUAUACUCGACAUUUUGUCUGCUAUGUAACAUUCUAAUUUUCCCAUAGUGAACAAAUGAUGUGUCACAGCUGCAGCUGUGCAAUUCUGUUGCACUGACAUGAACAUGAUGACAUCAUGGUGAAAGUAUUUUUUGGCAGUCUACUCGCUUAGACAGGGGCGGAUGUUGUGGACCAUGAUUCACCGGGCUACACAUUUCUCUGCAGCGCUUUUUACUUGGAGAGCGUUAUCUCACCCGACUCUUGGAAAAAUGUAGGAUCUUUUGUGUUCGCACAUACCGAAAAAAGGACUUGGAAAGUCCUGAAAAAAUACCCAUGGGUCAUAAUUUCUCAACUGUGACCAACAUGCUCCAGAUGUGCGUGUUGUUCUGUUUGCUGACAGUUGUCGUCCCCCAGUCAACAAAUUCCUCAUCGAAGAAAGGUCGCAACAUCACCAUCCACUCCUCCCAGCUGGUUUGCAGUCUGCCAGGCCCAGCUGGGCCUGCGGGGAAUCCAGGAGUCCCUGGAUCACCGGGGGCCAUGGGACCCAUGGGGCCUCCGGGAAAGGACGGCCAGGACGGAAAGGAUGGGGAAAAAGGAGAAAGGGGAGAUAAAGGUGAUCCGGGAAGGACCGGGAACCCAGGGAAGCCAGGUGUAAAAGGCCGUGAGGGAUUUAUCGGCAAGGCGGGACCACGGGGCCUGAAGGGACCGCGUGGAAGUGCAGGGUUUGCUGGAAAACGGGGACCAAAGGGAGAGCUGGGCGACAUGGGCGAGGAGGGGGCCCCUGGAGGCUGCAACUGUGGCAGUGCAGCCCGCUCAGCCUUCUCUGUGGCAAUGACAAAGAGCUACCCCAAAGAGCGAAUACCCAUCCGCUUCAGCCGGAUCCUGCUGAAUGAGGGGGAUCACUACAACACCAGCAGUGGAAAGUUUGAUUGUGCUAUACCCGGAGUCUACUACUUCAGCUAUGAUAUCACUCUUGCAAGUAAGCACCUGGCCAUCGGCCUGGUGCACAAUGGACAGUACAAGAUCAAGACAUUUGAUGCCAACACAGGAAACCAUGACGUGGCUUCUGGCUCCACUGUUCUCCACCUGCAGCAGGGAGACCAGGUCUGGCUGCAGAUCUUCUACUCUGAACAGAACGGACUCUUCUUUGACCCUUUCUGGACAGACAGCACAUUCACUGGCUUCCUCAUCUACGCUGAUCAGGAAUUUCUACAUGAGGCUGAUAGGAAAGCAAACGCUAAGGAAGACAGUUAAUGUCAUCCUAAGAUAUCUUUGUUGAGAUUUUGUUGAGAUUUAAUGAAUGACUUUACUUCAUGUUUGAAUAGAGUGCUCCCCAGCUGAGGGCUACUGUGAAGUCCAGUUGUUGAGCAUGUUCUGACACCAGGGGGCAGACAAGGACAGAAGAACCACAACUAUGUUCAGGAAACCACUUAGUAAUUCUUUGUCACUCAUUAUGUCACAAUUCUGACUUAGAAGAAAUUACUGCACGAAAAAUCUAAAUUAUUCCUUUGCUUCUUUAAAUUUGAUGUAGUCAUGAUUCUAUUCACAACACCUUUUGAAGAAACAGUGAUUUGUGUGUUUACCCCAUGGUCUUUGUAUUACUACAGUAUUGCCACAUGUUACCGUUGGAUGAUUUGGAAAGGGUUUCCAGGACAACCAGAAAUUUGGUUUAAUUUCACCAUUUUUCCAGAGGCCUGGACGGGACUGAUGGAGAGAGAGUGAUGUUACAAAAACAUUCUCAUACUUAAAAUCUUUAACUUGGAAUAGGCAGAUCCAAACUUCAACUUGGAUGUGAUUAAUUUCCUUAGUCAGCUCAAAUACUGUGGUUUUGUGUUUAAUAAUUGACAGUGAACGUGAUAAGAAAAUGGAAAAAUAUGUUUUUUCAAUAUUUGUAGCAGUUGGACACUUUUUCAUUUAAGUUUUUUUAUUCUGCUCAUUGUUGUUUGAUAGUCUUUGUUUACCCUCAGUUCAAAGCCUGUUUAGUAAAUAAUCAAUCAGUCAAUCACAUGUUUUCAACAGAGACAUGUUGGCUAUAACAAGAAAUGAAGAAAAAAAAUAGAUAUAAUAAUAUGAUAUUAAAAUAUUAUUCCCACAAAAGUUUUUAAUAAC